AUGGCUAACAGUGAAAGAAGGAAUCAGUUGCUUCCUCCAACAAAAGUUAAAUGGAAGGGUAAUUCCAAAUCUACAGUUGAAAGAGGUUGUAUUGUGUCCUCCCAACAAUGUGAGGAUAAAUUCAAUGAUCUGAAUAGAAAGUAUAUGAGGCUAAAUGAAUACUUGGAAGAAAAGCUUCAUUUGAGAACAGAAGUUGCUAAUACAAACACAGAUGCUGAAGUACAUCCAACAGAAAGACUGGAGUUGAAUAAGAUGAAGCUUGAGAAUGAGCAAUUGGCAUUUGAACUUAAAUGCCUUGAAACGAGUGCUGCUCGCAACUGA